AUGAAGAACGUUACCUUAUUGGUUAGCCUCUUCCUUCUCUUUGCUUUCACUUCAUCAAAUUUUGCUUCUGUUGCAGCUGAUGCAGUGCUUGACUCCGAAGGCAGCCCGCUUAACAAUGGUGGCUCAUACCAUAUCGUCCCAUCUCUGAUCGGAAAAGGUGGUGGUCUUGGACUAGCAGCGACAGGGAACGAAACCUGCCCAUUGACGGUGGUGCAGAUACCUUCUGAGACUACCGAUGGCUUGGCCGUGAUGAUUUCAUCUCCGGCAAGACUCGCUUACAUCGCCGAGGGUCUUCUUCUGAACAUGGCAUUCACCGCCGUUCCAACCUGCGCAACCACGCCGUCGAAGUGGACGAUCAUCGAGGAAGAUCCCGCGGGAAAGUCUGUGAAAAUUAGUGGUUAUGCCAAUACGGUGGACGGUAAGUUCAAGAUUAUUAAAUAUCAGAGCCUUUUCUAUAAGAUUAAGUUCUGUCCUUCUGGUGAUCCUUGUGGAGAUCUUGGGCUUUACUACGAUGAAACUGGAAAUAGACAUCUCGUAAUUGUAGCUAAUGAGACUCCACUUUCUGUUGUGUUCAAGAAGGUCUUGUAAACUAUAUAUGGGCAAAGAUUAAAUUAAGAUGCAUUUUAUAUGUGAGAAUUAUUGGCUUAUAAUUCCUGCUCAAAGUGUGUAUAAUGUGAAAUGAAUAAACUUGGGAUUUAAGUUGUAUAUGGCUUUCUUUUCUUGUAUUGGGGACUUAUCUUUCAAUCAAAU